CCAUCACUGAACCCACUAUAAAUAUCCCUCUUCUCUCUCAAACCUCUCACUUCACAUUCUCAACACAAAUCAAUCGUGCGUCGAAGAAGAAGAAGAGAGACAGCAAUGGCUGCCUCGUGGAAACGCGGCUCUCUGUUCGUUCUCGCUGUAAUCUCCUUAGGAUGUUUAUUUGCGAUCUCCAUUGCGAAAGAGGAACCGAGCAAGUUGGGGACAGUUAUUGGAAUAGAUUUGGGAACAACGUACUCUUGUGUUGGUGUUUACAGGAAUGGCCAUGUUGAGAUCAUAGCCAACGAUCAAGGUAACCGUAUCACCCCAUCAUGGGUUGCUUUCAACGACGGUGAGAGACUCAUUGGGGAGGCGGCGAAGAAUCAGUUUGCUGUGAACCCUGAGAGGACCAUCUUCGAUGUCAAGAGACUUAUCGGAAGAAAGUUUGAAGAUAAGGAGGUACAGAGGGACAUGAAGCUUGUUCCAUAUAAGAUUGUCAACAAGGAUGGAAAACCUUACAUCCAGGUGAAAAUCAAGGAUGGUGAGACAAAGGUGUUCAGUCCUGAGGAAGUUAGCGCCAUGAUUUUGACCAAGAUGAAGGAAACUGCUGAGGCAUUCCUCGGGAAGAAAAUUAAUGAUGCUGUGGUCACUGUCCCUGCAUACUUCAAUGAUGCUCAGAGGCAGGCCACCAAGGAUGCUGGUGUCAUUGCUGGUCUUAAUGUUGCUAGAAUUAUCAAUGAACCCACUGCUGCUGCCAUUGCUUAUGGAUUGGACAAGAAAGGUGGCGAGAAGAACAUCCUUGUUUUUGAUCUUGGAGGUGGUACUUUUGAUGUCAGUAUCUUGACCAUUGAUAAUGGUGUUUUUGAGGUUCUUGCUACAAAUGGAGAUACUCAUCUUGGAGGUGAGGACUUUGAUCAGAGAAUUAUGGAGUACUUCAUUAAAUUGAUCAAGAAGAAGCAUGGAAAGGACAUUAGCAAGGACAACAGAGCACUUGGCAAGCUGAGGAGAGAGGCUGAACGUGCCAAGAGAGCUCUCAGUAGCCAGCACCAGAUCCGUGUGGAAAUUGAAUCACUUUUUGAUGGUGUUGAUUUGUCUGAGCCACUUACCCGUGCUCGUUUUGAGGAGUUGAACAAUGACUUGUUCAGGAAGACCAUGGGGCCAGUGAAGAAGGCAAUGGACGAUGCUGGAUUACAGAAGAACCAAAUUGAUGAGAUUGUUCUUGUUGGUGGAAGUACAAGAAUUCCAAAGGUACAACAGCUCUUGAAGGACUACUUCGAAGGAAAGGAGCCAAACAAGGGUGUCAACCCUGAUGAAGCAGUUGCCUAUGGUGCUGCAGUGCAAGGAAGCAUUCUGAGCGGAGAGGGCGGUGAAGAAACCAAAGAUAUCCUUCUCUUGGAUGUGGCUCCCCUUACCCUUGGAAUUGAAACUGUUGGUGGGGUGAUGACAAAGUUGAUUCCUAGAAACACUGUUAUCCCAACCAAGAAGUCUCAGGUUUUCACUACCUACCAGGAUCAACAGACCACAGUCUCCAUUCAGGUGUUCGAAGGUGAGAGGAGUCUCACAAAGGAUUGCCGUCUGCUUGGGAAAUUUGAUCUUUCUGGCAUUCCACCAGCUCCAAGAGGUACCCCUCAAAUUGAAGUGACCUUUGAAGUGGAUGCCAAUGGUAUCCUAAAUGUCAAGGCAGAGGACAAGGGCACUGGUAAAUCAGAAAAGAUCACCAUUACUAAUGAGAAGGGACGCUUGAGCCAGGAGGAAAUUGACCGGAUGGUUCGUGAAGCAGAGGAGUUUGCAGAGGAAGACAAGAAGGUCAAGGAGAGAAUUGAUGCUCGCAAUGGUUUGGAAACCUACAUCUACAACAUGAAGAACCAGGUCAGCGAGAAGGACAAGCUUGCCGACAAGUUGGAGUCAGAUGAAAAGGAGAAAAUUGAGACCGCCGUGAAGGAAGCAUUGGAAUGGCUGGAUGACAACCAGUCCGCAGAGAAGGAAGAAUAUGAAGAGAAGCUUAAAGAAGUGGAGGCUGUUUGCAACCCAAUUAUCACCGCUGUGUAUCAGAGAUCCGGUGGCGCCCCAGGCGGCGAAGGUGCAUCAGGGGAAGGAGAGGAUGAGGAUGACUCUCACGAUGAGCUCUAGAUGUUUUGCUCAGAUUUUACUUGUGCUGCGAACGAACCCAGGAGCUAGAUAUGUUGAGAGAAGCAGUAGAUUAGGAUCAGUAUGUUAAUUUUUGUUAUUAUAGGUGGGAAUUAAGAAUUUCCCCUGCGCGCUGCGCUUGCUUUUUGAUGGCGAAAAUACUUGUAAUUCCUUUUCUCUAUUCCCAGUUUUACAAGGAUAAACUUCUGAUGUAUGAUCCUGGUUUAGCUCUUCUUAUUCUUAUGUUCAUUUCCGUGCA